UGAAAAGAAAAGAAAGGAAUUUGUUGAGACUAGUCAACGCAGGCCAGUGACCAUGGACAGCAUCCUUCAGAAGCUGAGGAAUUUGGACGCCUACCCUAAAAUCAAUGACGAUUUCUUCAGCCGUACACUCUCCGGUGGCAUUAUUACCCUCGCCUCUUCCCUCCUUAUCCUCUUGCUUUUCUUCUCUGAGCUCAGACUAUACCUCCACACUGUUACAGAGUCAAAGCUGCUUGUAGAUGCUUCAAGAGGAGAAACCUUACAUAUCAAUUUUGAUGUAACUUUUCCUGCUAUCCGGUGCUCAUUACUCAGUCUUGACACAAUGGAUAUCAGUGGAGAACAACAUUUUGACAUACGACACGAUAUAGUCAAGAAAAGAAUUGAUGCUCAUGGUAAUGUAAUAGAAGCUAAGAAGGAUGGAAUUGGCGCACCAAAGAUUGAUAAUCCCUUGCAAAGGCAUGGUGGAAGGCUUGAGCAUAACGAAAAAUAUUGUGGUUCGUGCUUUGGAGCAGAAAUGUCUGAUGAUGACUGUUGCAACUCAUGCGAUGAAGUUCGUGAUGCAUAUAGGAAAAAAGGUUGGGCACUGACAAAUGCAGAUAUGAUAGACCAGUGCAAACGGGAAGGUUUUAUUCAAAAGAUUAAAGAUGAAGAUGGUGAAGGAUGUAACAUUGAAGGAUCUCUUGAAGUUAAUAAAGUGGCUGGUAAUUUUCAUUUUGUAUCUGGAAAAAGCUUUCACCAGUCAAAUAUUCAUGUGCAGGAUUUGCUGGCUUUCCAGACAGAUAGUUACAAUAUAAGUCACAAGAUCAAUAGAUUAGCUUUUGGUGACUACUUUCCUGGCAAGCUAAAUCCCCUUGAUGGUGUACAGUGGAGGCAGGAAACACCGAAUGGUAUGUACCAGUAUUUCAUCAAGGUGGUCCCUACGUUAUACACCAAUAUUAGAGGCCGUACAAUUCGCUCAAAUCAGUACUCUGUGACAGAGCAUUUUAAGAGUUCAGAGUUGGGACACUCUCAGCUGCUUCCAGGAGUUUUCUUCUUUUAUGAUCUUUCUCCAAUUAAGGUGACAUUGAAAGAAGAACAUGUUCCAUUUUUACACUUUAUGACCCAUAUUUGUGCCAUAGUUGGAGGUAUAUUUACCGUUGCAGGACUUAUAGAUUCGUUUGUAUAUCAUGGUCAAAGAGCAAUGAAGAAAAAGAUGGAAAUCGGAAAGUUUGGGUGAAUCUGACAGUUGGGUAUGCGCUGCUCCAAUAUCCGUAGCUUUUUGAGACAAUUGUUUUUGAGUAGCUGUUUAUUGAGUUAUUGUCUCAUUAGUGUCAUUGAUCACAAAUUGUCACCAAAUAUGUGAAAUUAUUCUCUUUAGUAUCAAUUUGUAAGUUAAACUUGCUAAUUUUAAAAAGUGAUUUCAUGCAUUUGGACCAA